AUGCAUAUAUUAUUAAUUUUAAGCCUCUGGCUGGGGGCGUUGCAAGCAGUAGAUGUGGAGAUUGUCGACCUGACCGAGAUCUGCAAGAAUCGUGUGGACGGUGAGCUGACGCCACAUCCGCGAGACUGCACUGGGUACUUUGAAUGCCAUCCAAUGCCAACAUUGCUCUAUUGCGAACAAGGAUUACACUUCGAUGCCGCUAGUCUGAUGUGUGUACUUCCGGAGGUGGCACAAUGCAAGCUUGGGUACAGCACGCCGAGCGUGGAGCCCACAGCAGCAAGCGCGCCCAAAGAUGUGGAUGGCUGGCUGCACAAGCCACGCCCCGCUUUUAUGGCCGUUGAUGUGACCACAGGCCAGCAGGUUAAUCCGAUGGAGAAAUACGAUCCGCAGCAGGUUGAGUGCCGUCACUUUGGCGCCUACUUCUUGCCGCAUCCGCGCAAUUGUCAGCGGUACUACCUCUGCGCCUAUGGCCAUAUGCAUAGCCAUCAGUGCGGCAUGGGCACGUUGUGGAACUACCAAGCCAACGAAUGUCAGCUGAGCCGUCUAGCCAAAUGCUACAGCGCACAAAUGGAGCAGACCGCUGAACAGCAGCCAGAGUGGACCACUACGCCGGGCAGUCAGAUCACCGUCUGCUAUAUUUUAACCACCAGUGAGAGCAGCUCAGCUCAGACGGAGCCUUUCACCACGGCCACAGUGACGUCAACGGCAGCAGCAACAGCAACCGCUCCAGCACCUUCGCGUGCACCGCUGAGUGCACUCACUUGUCCCUCGGAACGCCAGAGCUAUUUGCCACAUCCCGAUGAUUGCAGCAAGUACUACAUUUGCAUUGGUGGCAUGCCAGUGUUAACCUCCUGCCCCAAGGGUCUCUAUUGGGACCAGAAGGCUGGCUAUUGUGACCAGGCCAAGAAGGUCAAGUGUGUACAAAAUAAAUAG